UCCUCCAUAGUACUCGGAAGUAUUAAAAAGCCAAAGGAACUAGGAAUUUGAUGUGCAUUACAUGAUCCCAUUUUAUUUAGCAAAAUAAAUAAAUAAAUAAGAGUAAGAAUAGUAGUGGAUGAAACGGUUAAAAGAUUUCCCGCCACUCCUAACUGUCGAGAGUCCGUACAGUUGAGCUGGAACAUAAAGGCGGUAACUCUCAGUCUCACCAUUUCAAACAGACCACUCGUCUCUCCUCUCUCUCUUACUCUCUUUCUCUCUUUCUCCAUUUCCUCCUCUGUCUCACACUUUCUUGUUUACUUCAACCCUUUCUUCCUUCAAUGGCAGAGACUUCAAUAUUGGAAACCCAGAUCGAAAUCAAGCCCCCACCCCCGCCAUUCUUCCUCGAAAACAUUCAAGAACAAAAGGUCGUCCUUUCCUUCUUCAAAUCCUGUCAUCGGAGGCGCCGGCAAGGCGACACAUGGCUCAUUUCCAUCUUUCUGAUCCUACCCAUCAUCGCUUUCCUAGUCACCAUGUUCGUCAAUGACUGUUGGCGGAAAUCCCAUGCAGACUGCGUUGUUAAACCCUUGGGCAGAUUCUCCUUUCAGCCCCUCUCAGAGAAUCCCUUUCUUGGCCCUUCGGCUUCCACGCUAGGUGAGGUGGGAGCUCUUCGACGCACAUUUUUGAUAGAACAUCAGCAAACAUGGCGCUUCUUUGCCUUUCAAUGUCUACACGCUGGCUUGAUCCACCUUGUCAUCAAUCUAGGAAGUGUUGUCUUUGUUGGGGCUCACUUGGAGCGGGAGUUCGGUCCAUUAAUGGUUGGGAUAAUCUAUCUACUUUCUUCCUUCUCUGGGACAUUAAUGGCUGCACUCUUUGUUCAAAACAAGCCUGCUGUUGGUUCAUCUGGACCUCUUUAUGGAUUACUUGGUGCUGCUCUUUCUGAGUUGAUUUGGAACUGGAGAAUGUACAUUGAUAAGUUUACAGCUUUGGCAUCACUUUUUUUGGUGUGCAUGAUCAAUCUAGCUCUUGGUUUGCUUCCAUAUGUAGACAACUUUUCAAGUCUUGGUGGUUUUAUAGCUGGAAUCCUACUUGGAUCAGUACUUUUAUGCAGCUCUCAAAUCGAACAAAACUCUCAAAACAAUGGAAAAGGAGUAUUGUUUGAGCAUAGUGAAAACAAACGCUUUACAAAACUGAAGUUAAAGCAGAAGCUGGACAUGUCAAUUCUCAGAACUCUCACUCUUGUUCUCUAUUGUGUUAUAUGUACCGGAUGUCUGGUAGCACUAUUACGUGGCAUUGACAUGAACGACUACUGCAACUGGUGUAGAUAUAUUGACUGUGUUCCUACAAAAAGAUGGAGUUGCGAAGACAGAGUAAUUUCUUGUGAGACCAUGGUGAGCAAGGCAGAGUUGACUUUGACUUGCUUGAGUAACGGGAAGUUCAAGGUUUUUCCUUACACCAACAUUUCAAGACCCAGGAUUAAUGAUAUUUGCAGUGUGAUAUGCGGAUAUUGAUGAUGCUUGCUUCUUCUACUAUACCACGUAGCAAUAUGUACUAUGUUGUAACAUUCUUUUGGUUAAUAAAAGCAUGACUUUAGACUUUUAUUUUCA